GAGGUUUUGAAAAUCGAACGGAAGAAGAGAGACGGAGUAAGAAACGCUUUGGUGUUGUGUGUGGGAGACCACAUCUGUCCCCACAAGCCAUUUCUGCCUUCUAUCUCACCACAAGCACUGCCAAAAAGGCUUCCAAAAGCUUCAGAGAGAGAAGAGAAAGGGAGGAGGAGCUCAACUUCCAGAGGGAGAAACUGAUUCAAUUUCUAGAGAGAGAGAAUUUGGAAGCUUCAGAAGCUGCGGAGAGGUGCAUACGCCAAACGACAGAGCUCGGGGAGAGAAAACGGGAGGUGGGUUUGGUAUAUAAGCUUCAAAGUUGGAAGCUUCUGAAGUUGUAGAGAGAGAUUCACGGUCCCUUUCAGCUGAGAGAGAUACGUAGAGAGGUGUUUGGUGUGAUUGGUGCAUAAGCUUGAAUAUCUGAAGCUUCAGCAGCUGCAGAGAAAGCAGAGGAUAGCGAACCGUGCAGCAGAGAUUGGAUAGACUCCAGAGGGGAAAUUUCGGUUUGGUGAGAGGGAAGGGGAAGUUGUUUGUUGGAUAAGCUUGGGGAAGAAGAAGCUCGGGGACCCUCCUGUUGGGAGGGAGAGCUAAAACAGGUGGGAUAUUGGUUGGACAGAGCUUUUGACUCCUCGAGGACUUGAUUCGACUCUGAAGCUUGAUGGGGAGCCCUGUUUGAUGAGUUGAGGGUCGAAUCCCUCCCGCGGUGUUGCCAAUGGCUGAGCCUGUGCAGAUAAUUGUAGGUUCUCAUGUAUGGGUGGAGGAUCCUGUCCUUGCAUGGAUUGAUGGAGAAGUUACUUCAAUCAGCAGUCACAAGGUUCAUGUUAAUACAACAAAUGGAAAGAGAGUCGUCACAGAUAUAUCAAAAGUAUAUCCGAAGGAUACAGAAGCUUUACCGGGAGGCGUGGAUGACAUGACAAAGCUUUCGUAUUUGCAUGAACCAGGGGUUUUGGAAAAUCUGGCUAUGAGAUAUCAACUUAAUGAAAUCUAUACAUACACAGGAAACAUACUGAUUGCAGUCAAUCCAUUCCAAAGAUUGCCUCAUCUCUAUGAUACUCACAUGAUGGAACAAUAUAAGGGAGCUGCUCUAGGGGAGCUAAGUCCUCACGUUUUUGCAGUUGGGGAUGCUGCAUACAGGGCCAUGAUAAAUGAUGGAAAGAGCAAUUCAAUAUUGGUUAGUGGAGAAAGUGGUGCUGGUAAAACAGAGACCACCAAGAUGCUUAUGAGAUAUCUUGCAUACUUAGGAGGACGAUCUGGAGUAGAGGGCAGAACUGUGGAGCAACAAGUGCUAGAGUCCAAUCCAGUUCUUGAGGCAUUUGGAAACGCCAAAACUGUCAGGAACAACAAUUCGAGUCGUUUUGGGAAGUUUGUUGAGAUCCAAUUUAACAAAAAUGGGAGGAUUUCUGGAGCAGCUAUUAAAACCUAUCUGCUUGAACGUUCACGCGUUUGCCAAAUUUCCAAUCCUGAAAGAAACUACCAUUGCUUUUACCUUCUCUGUGCUGCUCCACCUGAGGACAUUGAAAAAUAUAAACUGGGAAGCCCUAAAACAUUUCACUACUUGAAUCAAUCCAAUUGCUAUGAGUUGGAUGGCGUAAAUGAUGCUCAUGAAUAUCUUGCAACAAGACGGGCUAUGGACAUUGUUGGCAUCAGUGAACAGGAACAAGAGGCAAUUUUCAGAGUUGUGGCAGCAAUUCUUCAUCUCGGCAAUAUUAGUUUUGCUAAGGGAGAGGAGAUUGAUUCAUCAGUUAUUAAGGAUGAAAAGUCUAGAUUUCAUCUAAAUACAGCAGCAGAACUACUUCGAUGUGACGCCCAGAGCCUGGAAGAUGCCCUAAUCAAACGUGUGAUGGUGACACCUGAAGAAGUUAUCACAAGAACUUUGGACCCUCUUAAUGCAGUUGGUAGUAGGGAUGCCCUGGCUAAGACAUUAUAUUCUCGUUUAUUUGAUUGGAUUGUGGAAAAGAUUAAUAUUUCGAUUGGACAGGACCCGACAUCAAAGUCUAUAAUUGGUGUUCUUGAUAUUUAUGGUUUUGAAAGUUUUAAAGCCAACAGCUUUGAGCAGUUUUGCAUUAAUUUUACCAAUGAGAAACUGCAGCAGCAUUUCAAUCAGCAUGUGUUUAAAAUGGAGCAAGAGGAGUACAGUCGAGAACAGAUAAAUUGGAGCUAUAUUGAGUUCAUUGAUAAUCAGGAUGUGCUUGAUCUGAUUGAAAAAAAACCUGGAGGAAUUAUUGCACUCCUGGAUGAGGCCUGCAUGUUUCCAAAAUCUACCCAUGACACAUUUGCCCAGAAGUUGUACCAGACUUUUAAGAACCAUAAAUGUUUCAUCAAGCCGAAGCUCUCUCGUACUGAUUUUACUAUAAUGCAUUAUGCUGGGGAGGUUAACUAUCAAGCCAACCUCUUUUUGGAUAAGAACAAAGAUUAUGUAGUGGCUGAACAUCAAGCAUUGAUGACUGCCUCAAAGUGUGUAUUUGUGUCUGCUCUCUUUCCCCCACUUCCAGAAGAUUCAUCAAAGUCAUCCAAGUUUUCCUCUAUUGGCUCACGAUUUAAGAUGCAACUUCAAUCUCUGAUGGAGAUCUUGAGUGUGACAGAACCUCACUACAUCCGAUGUGUGAAGCCGAACAAUGAUCUGAAACCAGCUAUUUUUGAGAAUCUAAAUGUGAUCCAACAAUUACGUUGUGGGGGUGUUCUUGAGGCCGUUAGGAUAAGCUGUGCUGGAUAUCCUACCAGGCGUACCUUUUAUGAAUUUCUCAACCGCUUUGGUGUUCUUGCCCCGGAAGUUCUUGAGGGAAACUAUGAUGAUAAAGUUGCUUGCCAGAUGAUACUUGAUAAAAAGGGAUUGAAAGGAUACCAGAUUGGCAGAACAAAGGUAUUUCUAAGAGCGGGCCAGAUGGCAGAGUUAGAUGCUAGGAGGGCCGAGGUGCUCGGGAAUGCUGCGAAAACCAUUCAAAGGAGAAUCCGGACUUUUAUUACUCGCAAACAGUUCAUUUCAUUACUAGAGGCUUCCAUCAAGUUGCAGUCAUUCAGUCGAGGCAUAAUGAGCCGCAAAUUGUACGAGCAGCUGAGACGAGAAGCUGCAGCUCUGAAGAUCCAGACGCAAUUGCGGUCCUUCAUUGCCGGCAAAUUGUAUCUCAAAGCGAGGUCUUGUGCUAUCAUUUUGCAGACUGGAUUAAGGGCAAUGGCCUCUAGGAAUGAAUUCAGAUUAAGGAAGCGGAUUAAAGCUGCUACCAUUAUUCAGGCACAUUGGCGAGGUUACCAUGCUUAUUCUUACUACAAGAGGCUUCAGAAGGCAGCAGUCAUUUCUCAAUGCGGCUGGAGAUGCAGAGUAGCGAGAAGGGAGCUUAGGCAGCUCAAAAUGGCUGCAAGAGAGACUGGUGCUCUAAAAGAAGCCAAGGAUAAACUAGAGAAGCGUGUGGAGGAGCUUACAUGGCGUCUACAGUUAGAGAAGCGACUAAGGACCGAUUUGGAGGAGGCAAAGGCCCAAGAGGUUGCCAAGUUGCAGGAUGCAUUAAAAGCAAUGCAACUCGAGGUAGAAGGAGCUAACUCUAUGGUUAUUAAGGAACGGGAGGCAGCCCGAAAAGCUAUUGAAGAAGCACCUCCAGUUGCAAAAGAAACCACUGUCAUUGUUGAAGAUACAAAGAAAAUUGAUUCCUUAACAGCUGAGGUCGAAAGGUUAAAGGGUUUAUUGCAAUCAGAAACUAAAAGAGCGGAGGAGGCUAAUGAAGCAUGUGCCCUUGCUCAGGCCAGAAAUGGAGAAUUGAUUAAGAAGCUUGAUGAUACAAAGAAGAAAGUGGAUAGGCUUCAAGAUGUUGUGCAAAGGCUUGAGGAGAAGGUCUCAAAUAUGGAAUCAGAGAAUCAGGUACUUCGUCAACGGGCACUUGCCAUAUCACCGGCUAAUAAAGCUUCGACUAUGAAAUCAAGGACAACAAUCAUUCAGAGAACUCCUGAGAAAAUUCCAGAAAAUGGAAACAUUCUGAAUGGAGAAAUGAGAAGAGCUCCGGACACAGUGCUUGCUCUGGCUCAUCCACGGGAACCUGAAACUGAAGAAAAGCCCCAGAAAACUCUUAAUGAGAAGCAGCAGGAGAAUCAGGAUCUCCUGAUGAAGUGUAUAUCUGAAGAUUUGGGAUUCUCUGGAGGUAAACCUGUGGCUGCCUGUUUGACCUUCAAAUGCCUUCUCCAUUGGAGAUCUUUUGAGGUUGAUCGAACAAGUGUAUUUGACCGCAUUAUCCAAACAAUAGGCGCCGCAAUCGAAACCCAGGAUAACAAUGAUGUCUUGUCCUAUUGGUUAUCGAAUACAUGCAUGCUACUAAUACUCCUACAACGGACCCUAAAAGCAAGUGGGGCUGCUACUAUGACUCCACAGAGGCGCAGGACAUCUGCCUCUCUGUUUGGGAGGGUGUCUCAAGGGCUUCGAGCAUCUCCACAGAGUGUCGGGUUUUCCUUUCUGAGCAGUCGUGUGCUUGGAGGUCCUGAUGACCUGCGACAAGUCGAGGCCAAGUACCCAGCUUUGCUGUUUAAGCAGCAGCUCACUGCUUUCUUGGAGAAGAUGUAUGGAAUGAUUAGAGAUAAUCUGAAGAAAGAGAUUUCCCCGUUAAUCAGUUUAUGUAUUCAGGCUCCUAGAACAUCCCGUGCUAGCAUGGUUAAAGGGCGUGCCCAAGCUAAUGCUGUAGCCCAGCAAGCUCUGAAUGCUCAUUGGAAGGGAAUAGUGAACUGCCUGAACAAUUGCUUGAAGACAAUGAGAGCCAACUAUGUUCCUCCAUUUGUUGUCCGAAAGGUCUUCACUCAAAUAUUUUCGUUCAUAAACGUUCAAUUAUUCAACAGUCUUCUUUUACGUCGUGAGUGUUGCUCCUUUAGCAAUGGAGAGUAUGUGAAGGCUGGACUAGCUGAAUUGGAACAAUGGUGCCAGGAUGCAACUGAAGAGUUUGUGGGCUCAGCAUUGGACGAGUUGAAGCAUAUCCGACAAGCAGUUGGCUUCCUGGUCAUCCAUCAAAAGCCAAAAAAGAGCCUGAAGGAGAUAACCAACGAUCUUUGCCCAGUGCUUAGCAUUCAGCAGUUAUACAGGAUCAGUACUAUGUAUUGGGAUGACAAAUAUGGGACCCAUACUGUUUCUACUGAUGUAAUUUCGACUAUGAGAGUCAUGAUGACAGAGGACUCCAACAACGCCGUCAGCACUUCCUUCCUGUUGGACGACGACUCGAGCAUCCCAUUCACGUUGGAAGAUAUCUCCAAGUCAGUUGAACAGGUCGAGGUUCCUGAGAUCGACCCCCCACCUCUAGUCCGUGAAAACUCCGGAUUCACAUUCUUACUGCAGCGUGCAGAUUGAUGAUAGGACUUCAUGUUCGAGGGAGCUCAUCCCCGAAUCUGUGAAUACACCGUAAAAUUAUUUUAUUGUUUUAAGUCUUAUUUUACCGGGUUAAAAUAUACCUAACCCGAAGGUUAAUUGGCCUGUGAUUGUUCUUUUGGGGUUAUCAUCAGUUGCCUCACUCAUAGCAAUGGCUGCAACUUUUUUUGGGGCCAGCACGUAUAGUAUGUGUACAUUAAUGGUAUGUAGUUCAUGUGGUGGCAAAUGGCAAUGGCAUUGGGAUCAUUUUGUUUCCUAAAGUCUCAACUGUAAAUUUUUACUUCAUGUUGCCAUGUACAUAUCAUUGUCCUAUUUUAUGUCUA